AUGUCUCUGAAUUGGCAUAUGACACAAACCCCUGUUGCUGAUAUAGGAAGCGUCAUGGGAUCAAGAACUUUGCGGAAAAGGCUUCAUCAUGGGGAUGUUUAUGGGAAAAAGAAUGAGCAUUUAGAGACAUCAGGGUCAGAUGAUCUUAAUGAGCCUCUACUGGGGAAUUAUUAUUCAGACACGCAUGCUGAGGAAUCCUCACUUGAAGAGACCUGUGAUGAUGAACGGAGAAAGGAACAACUCCAUUGGACCCUUCUGUUUUCUCAGUUGAUUGCACAGUGGGCACGGUGGUUAGCAAAUAUUGUUCUUGGGUCGGGAUCGCUUAUUGGGCGGCUUUUGACCUUCCCUUCAACUACACAAAAUGGACAAAGCACUAAGUUGGUUGCGCCACCCCUUAGUCCUCUGCAAGAAGCAAGACUCAGAAAGCUGCGACAAAGGCUUGAAGUACCCUUUGAUGGCUCUCGUGUGGAGCAUCAAGAUGCACUUUUACAGUUAUGGAGGUUGGCUUAUCCAGAUAAGGAGCUCCCACCUCUUAAAUCAGAACUUUGGAAACAGAUGGGAUGGCAAGGUUCAGACCCUUCAACAGACUUUAGAGGCGGGGGAUUUAUAUCAUUGGAGAAUCUUAUAUUUUUCGCCCAACAGUAUCCGGAAUCAUUCCAAAGAUUGUUGCACAAACAAGAUGGAACUAGAGCUGAGUGGGAAUAUCCCUUUGCUGUAGCUGGUAUCAAUAUUUCUUUUGUCUUGGCACAAAUGUUGGAUCUUCAAUCAGCAGAGCCAACUAGUUUGGCAGGCAUCCGUUUUCUCGAACUGCUUCAAGAAGAUGAAAUGGCAUUUGAUAACCUUUAUUGUGUAGCCUUCCAGAUGAUGGAUGCUCAAUGGCUUGCAAAACGUGCUUCCUAUAUGGAGUUCAAUGAUGUUCUGAAGUCUACGAGAAGUCAGCUAGAGCGUGAGCUUGCACUUGAAGAUGUCUCUAGUGUAAAAGAUUUGCCAGCAUACAAUAUGUUGAGAAGAUGA